AUGACCCUCAUCGACGAACACGAGUUCCACAAGAAGUACAAGAUCAAUUUCGCCGACCUGCCCAUCUCACAGGGCACCCUCCGCGGACUCACCAACAGAGGCUUCACCAAAAUGACUGAAGUCCAGCGCUGCGCCAUCCCCCACGCCCUUGCAGGCAGGGACGUUCUAGUAUCCUCCAGGACGGGAUCGGGAAAGACGCUCGCCUACCUGGUGCCGCUCAUAGAGAAACUGUACAGGAAGAGAUUCAUCCCGAUCGACGGACUGGGAGCAGUGGUGAUCGUGCCUGUCCGCGAACUGGCGAUGCAGGUCUUCGAGGUGCUCAACUCCUUCUCGGAGAAGCUGGAGAUGAGCGUGGGCCUGGUCAUCGGCGGCAAGGACGUCAAGUACGAGCGGGACCGCAUAGCCGGCAUGAACAUCCUGGGCGUAAGCGCGAAGCAGGAGGAGCAAUUGAGCGAGACUCUGCGCGGAUCCUACGAGACGCCAGCCAAGCUGACCCAAUACUACAUGAUCGUUCCUGCUGAGGACAAGAUCAACACCUUCUACUCCUUCCUGAAGAGCCACCACAAGCAAAAAAUCGUCGUCUUCGUCUCCACCUGCAAACAGGUGCGCUUCUUGUACGAAGCCCUACGCAAGUUCAAGCUCGGCUUCCCCCUCUACGAACUGCAGGGCCACCAGAAGCAGAAGAAACGCAUGGCCAUCUACUUCACCUUCUGCGAAAAAAGAUACGGUAUUCUGCUCUGCACCAACAUUGCAGCAAGGGGACUGGAUUUCCCGCUUGUGGAUUGGGUGAUCCAGUUCGAUAUUCCGGACCAAGUGGACACCUACGUGCACAGAGUCGGUCGUACAGCCCGAUACAAGGCCUAG